AAUAUGGGUGGGAGUAUAAUUCCUUUCAGCGUUUGGCUCUUGGGAGUGGCGGUUGAUUCAAUAUGGCGGCAGUGACUACGGAAAGAAACAAUUCAGGAAUUUUCUGGAUUAACGACACAUCAGAUGAAGAUCAACCCGUGAUAUUUGUUCCUGGAGUGAGCAGAGAAAGAAGCCUUCGAACAGCAUUCAAGUCAGGUUCUCAGUCGGGCAGCAAUAUCUGUAAAAGAAACCCAACAAUGAGAGCCAAGUGUGGCAUUGAAAGCAGAAAUGAGUCUUCUAUGGGCAAGGCUAGUAAAAAACAAGCCCAGUCUCCUAGCCUGUCCUCGCGAGAGACUACCAAAGGGAAAGAUGUGUUCCAGUCCACAUCUUCCUCGGUCUUACGAUCCCCGACCCCAGUCACCCAUAACCUCCUCACUUCCCCUCAGGUCUCUGAGGUAAGCCAAGCUAAGAGCAAGACCUCACUGAAGGACCUGUGUCCCGAGGAUAAACAACGCAUAGCCAACCUCAUCCAGGAGCUGGCCAGAGUGAGUGAGGAGAAAGAAGAGUCUGUCCAGAAGCUGAGAGACGAACAGGGGUUGUUUGAACGCAAGAUUCAGCAUCUGGAGCAACAGAACACACUAAUCAUUCAAGAGAGAGAAAGCUUGCAGCAGCAGUACAGAGAGUGCCAGGAGCUGCUGGGCCUAUAUCAGCAGUACCUCUCCCAGCAGCAGGACAAGCUCAACCAGUCCAUCGCUCAGCUCAGCCACUCUCGCUCUCAUAGCAAGGUGCCUGCCGGCGAGGGGAGCUGUGGCCGACCCACUGUUAGGAGCGCUAGCCGCUCAGUCUUAGACGGCUCUUACCUCGGCAUUCCCAGCUACGGAGCCCGGCAGCCGAGCCAAACAGGAAGUGGUGCAGGAAGGGGAGGAGCCAGUUCCUACCACUCCUCAGCCCCGCUGUCUACCCUUAGCCCCUCUACGACACCUCCGGACUCGUCCUCCUCCAGCGAGCACACCCCCGCCGAACGGCCAAUCACGAGGCGAGGAGGAAGCACGCGGCGAAACCCCCGUCCCGCCUCCCCUCGCCGACACACAACCGUCGGCUGCAACACGGAACCCGGACCGGCCAACGGUGCGGCUCCCCUCGACGCCGUCUCCGCCCGGGAAAGCCCCUUUUCCCGCCGCGAUCCCCCGCUGGAUGCGGCUGCGAAGGGAACGCUCACGGCGGCCCACCUGGGCGGGGAGGACUGGGAGGAGAAGCGGCACCUGCUCCUGCUGCAGAAGAUGCAGCUGGAGGUGGAGAGAGAGAAGCUGCAGGCCCGGCUGGCGCAGCAGGAGGAGAGGCUGCUCCGGCAGAACCAGCAGCUACGGCAGUCACGUCUGGAUUACAGCAGGUUUCAGCAGGCUACUGCAACUGAGCUUGGCCAUACCAUCUCCAGAAAUGCUCUCCUGGAACCCAAUCCUCCACAAAACGGCCAUGUAGCAGCUAGUGAGGAGAGAAGCCCAGGUGAUGCUGAGGACAUGGUCGAAGCAGAGUAUCUUGCAUGUGAGGUGAUGUCCCACCAGAGCAGCCUAAAAGCCCCCACGGGGCCAACAUCACCCCCCAUGGUGCAUCCCAGGACCCCCCACGCAAGGUUGGACUCGUCCCUGAUCGAGCUCUUGGAGGUCUUUAGUCCCAUCUCGGUGCCUGAGCUGGGCAGGCCCCCAGUCCAACGAAGCAAGCCCCUACUUCACCAGCCCCCUCAAAGUGCCCCCAGGCCUGCCCGCCGAGCCUUGCUCUCCCCUUCCCAGGGGUGCUACCCCCGGACACCCCAGCAUGACUUGGAGGAGAGCCAGAUUCUGGAGGAGAUCUUCUUCAUUUGCUAACAAUGAAAUUGGAGGUAAAGCGGUAGGGGGAGAGGAUUCUGGGACAGUCUGAAGGAGGCAUUACCUCCUCGCCCCAAAACUAAAAUCCUUUCAUGAAUAUUUGAUGGGUAAUCAUAUACUUGAUAUUCACCUUCUGCUCUUAAAUUGAUGUUGGUUUUUAGUUCUAAACCCAAAACUCCAAAAUCAUGAUAUCGAUUGUAGCUUUUGUAAUGCAAUUUGUUUUUAUAUUACAUGUUAAUAAACGGUUAUUUAUUUAAGAU